CCAAUGUUCAAAAUCCGCCCGGCGCUGGUCACGCGGGUUCUUAUCUUUUUAACCCCUAAGAGGCUGCGGCCGGCGGCUGCUGGUCCGCAGCGCUACGUCACCAGAGGCGACAGCCAAUCGCUGAGAAAGAGGGCGUGGCCCCGCGGGAGCAGCGAGGUGAGGUGGAGGAGUUUCACAGUGAAGGCUAGCUGGGGGAAAUCGAGCUGAAUCAGGGUCAUAGCUACAGGGGCAUCUUUCCUGUGUUCCAUAGAUGUUUCAUGGAGCCUGUCCCCAGGAAGUAAUCGGUCAAUGUUUACCAGACUUCGAGAGAAACAUGGUAUAUAUAAUCGGCAACUUAGAGAUGCUGCCCUCAUGCCCAUUAAAUGGGAGGAUGAGUUAGCACCAGAGCAUGUUUUUUUUUUUUUAUUGCUCAUUUGUGGGCUUUGAUCAUUAUAUCGCAGGCAGGCCUUGAGUGUGUUGCCACCCACCCUCGCUCUUAUUGCUGCCGAUCACCUGUAACAUGAGGUGCAGAAUUUACAAAAGGAAAGUGAUCAUCCUCACUUUGGUAGUGGCUGCCUGUGGCCUAGCAUUGUGGAACAAUGGUAGGCAAAAGAGAAAUGAUUUUGUGCAAGAGGUUGAUAUUGAGAAACAACAGAGCAAGGUCCAUGUGUCUCCUGGAGUUAGGAAACUAUCCAAUGAAUCCCUACCAGAAAAGUUACAAAGGCCAGAGGUUGAUAACUUAACAUUAGUGUACAGAUCACUGGUUUUCCAGUUAGACUUUGAUCAGAGCAUAAAAAAUUUGGAAAAAAUAACAAUCAGGCCACAAGAUGAUGUGGUUGUGGUGGUGCAGGUCCACAAUCGCCCUGAUUACUUGAGGUACCUUUUGGAGUCCCUUCGAAGUGCAAAGGGGAUUGAAAAUGUGUUGCUGAUAUUUAGCCAUGAUUACUGGUCUCCAGAAAUAAAUCAGAUUAUUUCAUCUGUGGAUUUUUGUCAAGUACUGCAAAUAUUUUUUCCAUUCAGUAUUCAGCUAUAUCCCAACGAAUUUCCCGGACAUGACCCCAAGGAUUGCCCAAGAGACAUCGACAAAAAAGAUGCAGUUAAACUUGGCUGUAUCAAUGCAGAAUACCCAGAUUCUUUUGGGCAUUACAGAGAAGCCAAAUUCUCUCAAACUAAACAUCACUGGUGGUGGAAACUGCACUUUGUGUGGGAGAAAGUCAAAGUCUUAAAAGAUCACAAAGGUUUAGUUUUGUUCAUUGAAGAAGACCAUUAUAUGGCUCCAGAUUUCUACCAUGUUCUUAAAAAGAUGUGGGACAGAAAAAAAGAAGAGUGCCCUGACUGUGAUGUGUUGAGCCUUGGAACAUAUGCUCGUCCCCAGACCUUCGCAGACAAAGCCGAUAAAGUGGAGGUGAAAACUUGGAAAUCCACAGAACAUAAUAUGGGCAUGGCAAUUAACUGGGACACCUAUCAGAAACUUAUUCAAUGUACUGAUACCUUCUGCACUUAUGAUGAUUAUAACUGGGAUUGGACACUCCAGCAUUUGACUGUUACUUGUCUUCCUAAAUUCUGGAAAGUGAUGGUCUCUGAAGUUCCCAGAAUCUAUCAUACUGGAAAUUGUGGUAUGCACCAUAAGAAAUCCUGCAAGCCAUCUACAGAAAUUGCCAAAAUUGAUGCUUUGUUUUCAAGCAACCUGCAUUUUAUGUUUCCUGAGAGCAUAGGAAUUAGCAGACGUCACUCAAUGGCCGCUUUAUCUCCUCACGUGAAAAAUGGUGGAUGGGGCGAUAUUAGAGACCAUGAAUUGUGUAAGACCUAUCGCAGAUUGCAGUGAGCCCACUGCCUUUAAGCCUUUUAAAAUUUGUAUUGCAUAAUUAUUUGCCGUAUAUAACCGAAUAUCGAGGGGGGUUGGGGUUAUGAAUUUACUCUCUGCUCUGAAAAAUUGUUCUUGUUAAAGUCUUAAUUGUUGUCUAUAAUUUUUAUGUGUGAAUGGAUUGGGGGAAAGAACGAUUAUUAUUUCUUACUAAUUAUAAUGUCAAACAUGCAUUACAUUUACUGAAUACCUUUUGAAAAUAAAUUAUCUAAUUAAGUGAC